GCCCAUGGAGGCCAUGGAGCUUUAGUUUUAACGAAAGCAGCUUUCGGUUUCAUUACUGUUGAAAUGAACAUUGCCGGAUCUUCUUGGAUUUUGCCAUGGAUGAAUCCAAACUCAUGGAGGCCUACCAAAGAAAAGGGGGUCAGCGAUCUCCGAGAACAAAUAAAGAGACUCUCUCGGUCUUCUGUACUAGAUGAUGCAGGCAUUGAUGAUGCUCAACUCCUGACUUUGACAAGGGAGGACCUGAAUGAGCUUUUUCCAGGUAUUAAGAACUUUCAGCUGAGAAGGACGAUUAUGGGGCUUAUCACAGACAUGAAGGAUUCAUCUCGACCGUGUCCAGAUACAUUUGCCAGUGCGCUGAAUAAUUUAAUUCAAAGAAAUAACAUAAAUGAUGCUGCUGUACAGGUUGUUUUGAGGGAGAGCUUUGGGGCUUUCAGAGAUAUAGAGGAGCAGCUCAAAGUAGCACAAGCCUCUCUGAAACCUUACAUUGAUGUAUUAAACAGUUUAAUGGAGACAUCUGUUGAAAAAGAAGACCAACCAUCAGUGAGAGUGCAUCCAAUUGUGUGCAGACAAACCUUUGGAGCUGACAAGCAAAUUCUUAAGCAGCUGAAGGGGGUUACAGAAAGCUCAAUAAGUGACUGCGAGUUGAUACUGGUCUUUUGUCCAGUGGCAUCGCGAGUUGGAACUGACAUUAAAGAAGCACUGAUGAAAAUCCCAGCUAAUAAAGAAGCAAUUCUGGUGGUGAUGCAUCAUACCUUUAAUCCUGAAUUUGUGGGACCCAGCUCAAAUGCAGCAUUAUCUUCAGCGAACAUUGUGAAACAUGUGCAAGUGUUUUUCCACGACACAGCUAAGGGUCUUUUAAAGUGUCCCACAAAUGACCAUGCAAUCAAUCAAAUUCAGUCUGUUUUAAACCGGUACAUGAGUACUAGCAUGUCAUGAAAUGCUUUAACCUGCAAUUGGUAAAAUUGUGAAUCACAAAUAUAUAUAUAUAUAUGGU